UGAACCAUCUCUUUGAAGGGGAAGAGAAACGGAUUGGACUUUCUGGACUUGAGUUCUGGAAAACUCCUGACGAACAGCAGUCAUGAGUGAGAUGGCCCAGAAUUUCUUACAUACCAUUCUGCAGCAACUGGCCUGCCAUUUCACGUGGGAUUUAAAGAAGGAAGAUAUCACCCUUGAAGAUCUCGAAGGUAGAAUCUGUGAUCAGAUUGAGUUUCUCAUCACAAAAUCCAAAUUUACCUCAUACAACCUCUUGGCUUAUGCCAAGUACUUACAAGGCCAAAAUGAGGAAGCCUUGGAAAGUUUGAGAAAUGCAGAAGAGGAAAUUCAGUUCUAUUCCAAAGAAGAAGCCGAAAUUCGACAUCUGGUUAUCUGGGGAAACUGUGCCUGGGUGCAUUACCACAUGGGCAAUCUUGACAAAGCUCAGAACUACGUAGACAGGAUAGAGAGAAUGUGCAGCAAGCUUUCAAGCCCCCACCGCUACAAGGUGGAGCGGCCGGAAAUCUUCUGCGAAGAAGGGUGGGCGCUAUUAAAGUUUGGAGGGAGAUAUUGUGAAAGGGCUAAGGUGUGUUUUGAAAAGGCUCUGGAACAAGACCCCGACAACCCAGAGUUCAAUUCUGGCUUUGCCAUCACGGUGUAUCGUCUAGAAGACUUUGACAGACGAGGCCGUUCUAAUAAACGCUUCUCCCUAGAGCCUCUGAGGCAGGCAGUCAAGCUAAAUCCAGGUGACCCAUAUGUCAAGAUGCUUCUUGCCUUGAAGCUUCAGGACGUACACCAGGAAGCUGAAGGUGAAAAGUACAUCCAAGAGACCUUAGUUAAACACUCAUCAUCACCUUACGUCCUCCGCUACGCGGCCAAAUUCUACAGAAGGAAGGGCUGUGUCGAUAAAUCUCUGGAACUCUUAGAGAAGGCCUUGCAGAUUACACCAAAUUCUGCCUUCCUAAACCAUCAGAUGGGGCUUUGCUACCGGGCCCAAAUGAUUAAAUUAAAGCAAGCUGCAAAUUACAAGAUGCGAGGGACAAAUGAAGAGAAGGUGAAAAAAUUAGUUGAAACCGCCAUAUUUCAUUUUACAGUGGCAGUGGAACAGAAAGCAAACUUUGUGCAUGCCAACACAGUCCUUGCUAGCAUGUAUGCAGAAUUAGGUGAGCAUGAAAAAGCAGAAAAAAUAUUCCAGGAAGUAUUUCGGAUGGAGAAUAUUAUAGAUACUGAAAGACAAGAAGCCCACUUGUACUACGGUCGCUUUCAAGAGUAUCAAAUGAAAUCUGAAAGCAAUGCCCUUAGUCACUAUGUAAACGGGUUAAAAAUAACAAAAGACUCAGAGGUAAGAGAUAAACUGAAAACUUUAGUGCAGAAAAUAGCCAAAAAGCGACUGAAGCAAAACAGUUCGGAUUCGGAGAGUCUGGGUCUCCUUGGGUUCGUUCACCAGCUGCAGGGAGAAACGAAAGAAGCGGUUGACUACUACCAGAAAGCUCUGAAGCUGGAUCCUGCUAACGACGAAUACUCCAGUGCCUUGUGUCACCUGAAGCUCAAAAUAUAAGCCUGGGCUUUUGAUUAAUCAACCCAUCUCCCUCAUGAAUGCUCUUUUCAGCAUUCUCUUUCAAAAAUAAGUGUGAAUGGUGUUAUCUUUCCCAACAACCAUCACCAAUAUAUGAUAUUAAAAUACUUUUGUUGGACUCUGUUCAUAGACUUUUUUUCACUCCUCCUCUGCCUUA